GCCGGGGUGGGGCGAGGCGGGGCGACUGUCAGCUGACUGAGGAGCCGACUGCCUCGCGGGACAACGGUCGGCCACGCAGGUUGUGGUGGGAGCGGAAGAGCUCUCCCGGCGGGUUACUGUGCAGUCGGCGAGGCAGAGGGCCGCCGCAGCACCAUGGCGACCACCGUCAGCACGCAGCGCGGGCCGGUGUACAUCGGUGAACUCCCCCAGGACUUCCUCCGUAUAACACCCACACAGCAGCAGCAGCAGAUCCAGCUGGAUGCCCAGGCAGCCCAGCAGCUGCAGUAUGGAGCAGCAGUUGGCACUGUGGGUCGCCUCAGCAUCACUGUAGUACAGGCAAAAUUGGCAAAGAAUUAUGGAAUGACUCGUAUGGACCCUUACUGCCGUCUGCGUCUGGGCUAUGCUGUUUAUGAAACUCCCACAGCACACAAUGGCGCCAAGAACCCUCGCUGGAACAAGGUCAUUCAGUGCACAGUGCCCCCAGGGGUGGACUCAUUCUACCUUGAGAUCUUUGAUGAGCGAGCCUUCUCCAUGGAUGACCGCAUAGCUUGGACCCACAUCACCAUCCCCGAGUCCCUGAAGCAGGGCCAAGUGGAGGACGAGUGGUAUAGCCUGAGUGGGAGGCAGGGCGAUGACAAGGAGGGCAUGAUUAACCUGGUCAUGUCCUACACGUCCCUCCCAGCUGCCAUGAUGAUGCCACCUCAGCCUGUGGUCCUGAUGCCAACUGUGUACCAGCAGGGUGUUGGCUAUGUGCCCAUUGCAGGGAUGCCUGCUGUCUGCAGCCCUGGCAUGGUGCCUGUGGCCAUGCCCCCACCAGCUGUGGCUCCUCAGCCUCGCUGUAAUGAGGAGGACCUCAAGGCUAUCCAGGACAUGUUUCCCAACAUGGACAGGGAAGUAAUCCGUUCUGUGCUUGAAGCCCAGAGAGGGAACAAAGAUGCUGCCAUCAAUUCCUUGCUGCAAAUGGGUGAAGAGUCCUAGACCCACCUGUGGCCUUUGGCUUCACACCACUGACCCUUGGACUUGUCCAUCCAGGGCUCCCCAGGGUCACCAUCCCCACAAGAUUCCAAUGAAAGAUCAUCCACAUACCCUUCCUUGGACAUCUGCGCCGCCCCUUCCCACAUAUUUUGGGGAUGCAUGUGGAUUUUUGGUUCUAGGCAGGCAGUCCUCUUCAUUGUUGCUGGGGGACAGUUCUCUCCUUGUCUCUAGCUGGGUGAUGGUGGCAUGGCCCUGUUAUUGCACAGACCAGUGGUCCUGUUUGAGGACCUGCAUCUCCUGUCUUCACCUUAUUCUGGAAUACAUUCUCACAGAAAGUAACUGCCUCUGCCAGGAUUCUAGAAACUGUACAGCAUCCUUCUGAGUUGAUGGAUGGCAUGGAGUUAGUUACUCAGCCCAGCUGAGAUGGUUGUUGAGGGUGCACUGAGUUUGUGUGCCCUUAUUUACAGGUUAUUUUAGAACUUUCAAGCUAAAAGCUCCUUCUCUCCUUUGAUGUUGUAUAUGAGUCUGGGCCUCUCAGCUAGUCCUAGGCCAGUGAGAUAUGCUUCCCAGCCAUAUCCAGCAGGUCUCUAACCUCCUGUCUAGCUUACCUGCCACUGUCUGGCUAGGCUUCAGCCACAGAAAUCCAACUUGAAAACAGAAGGUGUCUGGACCUGGUGCUUGGUUGGCAAGGCCCCACGUUGGCUCUCACUGCUGGAGGCUGCUUUUCACAUCCUCUUGUUUAGUACCAGCAUUGUGGGUCUUAUUCCAGCGGCUGUUCUUAUUGAUAGACCUUCAUCACAGACCCAAGAGUCAAGUGAAGGAGAUGGGUGGGUGUGGCACUCUGUGCUUACUACUAAAAUUCAAGCAUCGUGACACUACUGACCUGCAGUAUACUCUGUGGACCCAUACUGUAGCUUGGCUUGAGUGAUAAAAAUCUAUGCUUAAAUUAAACCUUCAUGGAGGUAGAGGUGCCUGUACCUGACCAGUGGAUAUUGUGUGUUAUAUUUUGGGUUGCAAACCUUUGAGCCCAUGACCUGGCUAUAGAUCUGUUUAGGGAGAAGUUGGGUGGCACCUUGUCCUAAGAUUCAGACCUUGAAAGCUUUCUCAGAAUCGAUACACUGUACAGGUACUGUUAAGAAGCUAUAGAGCAUUGUCACAUGUUUAUGGUGUAACAGUUUUGCCUUACAUUGCAAUUGCUUUUUGUUUUUCUGAGAAUUUGCACAUCCAGUGUUUGAAUAUGUGAUCCCCCAAUAUGGGCAUGAAGGUGACUCCUAGCAGUUUGGACUAUUGUGAAGGACUUCAAGUAAGAAAAUUUAGUGCUUCAGUUUUGGUCUUUGCCUCCUAAAAACGCAGUAAAAUAUACUACUUUCUGUUUUCCAUGGGGGUGCUUUUUGUCAAAUAUAUUGUUCAUAAGUAUUUAUUUUUGUAAGCCUAAAGGCAGUAUGUGGUGACAGUGAGCAUGGGGUGGUGGUAACAAGCACUUUUCUUUAGUUGUAGGUCUUUAAACCUUUUAACUGCAAUGGAGAAGAAAGACCAAUGUUUGUUAAAUAGAUUCAACCACUCACUUUAACAUAACCAAGCACUGGAAGUCUCCAUUCUAGACUGUUGUGCGGCCUUGUGCUUGGUAAGCAGGUGCCCUAUUACAGGGUGGAUGAGUCAAGCAGGCAGGACCUCCUUAAGUGGUCUGCUUAGUGUUACCAGCAGAACAGGAACUUCAACACCUGUCUCUAGGUCUCAGGUGUGGCUAUGUGCAUCAGCUUCUGCCUUAAGGAGGUAUGGGCUAGCACAGGGCCACUUUGUUCAUGUGAGAUUCUGUAAGGAGCAUCGAGAUUUGCUGCCAGCCCCUGAGCAGCCCCCACAGCACUCAGAGGCAGCAUUCACUAACUUGUGCUUGCUCACAUGAGGAAGAGUGAUGGUUUUAAGACAGAUUUAAGACUUGAGCUGAAACAGACUUCCCUUUGUCAUGAACAUUUUAUUUUUUUAAUAGAUUGAAGAAAGAUCACAUUUUAUAAGGCCUGAGUGAUACUCCACUCUCCUAGGUUUUGUGCUGUUUUGUCUUGGAUUUUCAUGCCAGCACCCAUCUAGUGCAAGGAAAGAGGCAGUGCUUGUCAGCACCUGUGCAGGUACCAAGACAUCAGAGCAUGGCUUGCUUAGCCUUCCAUCCCAUCCUGAAUCUUCUUGAGAGGAAAAGUCAUUUCUGGAAGGAGCUCAAAGGCAGAGGCCACAACGAGGCAGACAAGCUUCUGCAUGGGGACCAGGCUUUCACUGGGUGUCAUUGCUGCUCUGGCCAAGUUUGAAGAUUGGCGUAGGUAGCAAAAUUUCUCAGGUGUCCACUGGAGCCCCUGCCCUCAGGCCAGCUCUCGGUAGACAUGGGUCUAGGGAUGGCAUUGGCUGUUUUCUUCUCUGGACAUGUUGGUUGGCUGAAGUUGUACCCUGCUGCACGCUUGUGGUCUGACAUGGCCAGGGCUUGCAUCUCACCGUGUGAGUGAUGCUUACCUGAUGAGAGAAGAGCUGUGCGACUGGGCUCUGCCUCGCCUCCCAGCCACUCUUUACAGAGCUGGUAUCAUCUGGUACGCUGUCUGGAGGUUGGUGGGAAUGGUUCUCAGAACUCUUGUCUGCAGUUAUCUUGGGGAUGGGGGUCCAUGUCCAGAUUUUUCUUUGAUUAUAUGAUAUAUUUUUACUUUUCAGCCUUCUAAUUUAAUAAGUGGUCUAUAUAAAAUAGAAAAAUAAAGUCCUCUAAGGAAAUGUUUA